AAUAACGCAAUGAAAACUGUCAUGGCGUCGUCGUUGUAUGUCAACAUCCAGCUUUUGUGACGUGAACACUAUCUAUUCUUUACUUAACGAUCGACGCGCAUUCCUUUAUUCAAUCAUUGAAAACUUUAAAUGCCGAUCAGGCUACAAAAUUAUUGUUAUUAACAGUUUAGGGUGAGUUGACUAUUAUUUGUCAAGGGGGUAGUUUUGUCGAGAUAUUUUUAACAAAAUAAUUUUAAAUUGGCAUUCAUUGCUGCUCAUUGCACUUUUACUUGUAGCAGUUGGCACUCAUUUUUUCAUUCAUGAGAAAACGGAGAUUGCAAUGCUACGCCGCUAGGUCUAGGUCUACCCUAGUCUUAGAAGUCGAGACUAGAAUACUAGUUAGUAGUAGUAGGCAGUUAAAGUAGGCUGUCCUAAAAGUUUAUCAGAAGUAUAUUAUAAUAAUUAUAGAAGGUGACCCUACUACUGGAGCCUACUCUAACUUAGUUUAGUAGUAGUAGAGUUGUAACUUAAUUGAAUUCAUUGAAUGUCAUAUUACUCAUACUCAUGUCAUAUAUAUAACUAUGUGGUAGUAGUCGUCUAAGUAGUUAUUUCACUCUUAGUUUAGUCUUAGACUUAAACUUAGUAGACGUGGCCAGUGUAGUAGUAGUAUUGGACAUUAACUAUUUGGUCAUUUUGGUAAUCAUCCAGUUUAGGAGUUAGGUGCCCAAAAUCACAUUAUUUAAUUAAUGACAACUACUUGAAUGGUUAUUUUUAGAUAAAUUAUUCAUCGAAAUGGCAUUCUUUAUGCGAUGAUUAGCUUUCCAACGAUACCAAACAUGUUAGAAUCGAACCCGGGGUUUCCGCACAAUCAAGUGUUGAAGAAUAGGUCAUUUGGGGUUAGGUGUGAACAAAAACAUAGACCCCCAACACCUUCAUAUCACAAUUAUUAUGUUAAAAUUAUUUAAUUUUAUAAUUUUUACCAUAUUUAAUGAUAAUAAAGAUAUUAAUCGAACAGGAAAUCCAAGUUUUGAAGAAUCAAUAUUUUUUUCAAAUUUCAAUUAUUUUUUGACCCGUGGGUCCCCUUAAGUACUGACUUUAUUUAAGCAUAAAAUUAAAGGAGUACGAAUGUCAGCACAUGGAUAGUUGACAGCAUCAAGAUAAUUGUCAGCUACCAUGUCCUAGAAAUGGCAGAACAUGUUAUCAUUCUGGAACUUGUUCUGAAAGAUUAAAAAUAAUUCAUGGAUUUAUGACUGAAACAGUUUCCUUGAGGCUAUGAACUGUCGCUACGGCCACAGAUUUCUUUUGGCACACAUCCACAUAUUCUCCACUGUCUGUGUGUGGACCUCUGGCUCAGAAUCAUUUGGGCCAACCUCAUUUUUAUAAGUACCUUUGACCUAUCAGAACUCCAGCAUUGAACCAUCAAUAUUAUCUGCUUCAUUGACAGGUGGCUACCACUGAAGAAAGAAACAUGUCUUAUAGACUUUCUUAAACCACAGUCACAGCACUUCCAUCUCUUACUCUCUGCACUGCCUCUGUGGGUGUUUAGAUGAAAAAUAGCAUUCUGACAAAAUACGUUUGGAUUGAUUAUUUUAAGUAAAAAUUAAAGUUUACAUUCAAACUAGACAACCGGAAGUUGUACAUUUUCAAUACAUCUCACACAUAUGAAUUUUGGCACUAACCUGGAUAAUUACCAACUAUUUUAGUGUUAUACCCAACUACUAGAUCAUUAUUAUAAAAUAAGUAACAUUAGGCUGAAUAUGCAUACAACUGACUCUACACACUUGAUUGAUUAUACAUUAUACCAAGCUAGUUAAAACUAUAGGCUAAGUGGCAUAUAGUUGUUUAGUUUCAGCUUCUCUCUUUGACUUUAGUGACUUUGCCAAUUUGCUUUGACUUUGAUAAAACAACUUUGUGAUUGUGUAGGCCCAGACUUUUUAAUGAAUAACAUUAACUCUUUCCGUGCGAAAAGAUUUGACUGGUCGCGUUCGUGCCAACCCACAGUAUACUGUCGAUAUCAUUUAUGUAGUUUAUUUCGUUUCUUGUGGCUCUUAAUCCGACUUUUUCUGUUCUUAAACGAAGGAUAACUCUUACUACUUCCUUUUUUUAAGAAGUAUGGCAUGUUUGCAUGUGUUUUUUCUAAUAAUAGUUUAAUUUGUGUUGAAACUUUUGUAAACAAAGCCAUGGCCACGCCCACUCCAAGCAUGUCAGCUGUUGCUUGACCACGUAGGUAGUCAAUUUUGCAAACAAAAGAACUUUUAUUGCUAAUUAUUGAUGCUGAAACAACAGACAAUAACCAUGAAUCAUUUGAAUCUGAUUCCAAUGAUGAUUUUCAGCAUUCUGAUGGGUCGGUAAAUGCCAAAUGGAAAUAGUAUUAGAAUGGUGAUAGUAAUAGUAAUAGUGGUGACUGUCGGCAAUUUCAUAAAAAUUUCAAAACAUUUUUAAAAUAUAAAAAUACCACGAAUGUAUAGAGCCUAGAGAAUGGAUUAAAAAAACACCCAGAUCAACUUUCUAGCUCAAGUAGUUCAAAAGUUAUGAAUUUUUUUCAAAACCAUUAUGAUCAAAAAUGGAUAUACUUUUUGGUGAUUGAAGCAGAAUAGGAUAUUAGCUACACAGACCGUAUGGUAGUCUGUGAAGUUCAGAUUUGGUGUGCAAUUUUAAAAAUAUAAAAAAUUUGAUCUCACAAUUUUACCUAACACAUUUAACUUAUUGUUGUUAUAUUGUUUUAUAUUUUACAUAUUAUUAUUCUCUGUCUAAUUUCCUUUAAUUUGAUAUGAAAUACAGCUAUCUUGCUAAAAGAAAUGUAUUCAAAAUUAAUUAAUAGAUAGGAGCACCCUAAAAAAUUUCCAUUGGCCGAAUACUGGUCUGGCACGAACAUGCAAAACCCCCUAGCAUGGAAAGAGUUAAUCAAAAUCAUUUUGUUUCACCUUUGUGUGAGUGUGUACUGUCACUCUAAUAUUGCAGCAGGAUGAUGACUGCCAUAUGAGUCGUGGGGGUGAAGUCAUCUAAAUUAUAACUAUUUCAUGAAACCAUUAGGUGUAGGCAUAUAUUAUAGUACAUUAUUUCAUAUUGAUAACAUUAUUUAUAAACAGUAAGAUUGAUUUCUAAAAAAAUUUUGUUAAAAAGGCUUAAGUGAUUUUACAAUAAAGCGCUGCCAUUUUGUAAUAUUUUACUUUGGAGACUUUAAUACUAAAAUGACUAAAAUAACUUUUUGCACCCUUGUCCAUAAUAUGGCAUUCAAUUUUGGUAGCAUGAAAAGCUUAUUGUUUUAGCAUAGUAACAAGUAGUAUAUAAUUUGUACAUGGAAAUAAAUAUGAAAGAGUAUUUUACAAAAUAUUAACAUAUGACAUUGUAUGUUUCAAUAAAUACUUGGUCCAGUCUAAUCUUAUGAGAACACUUAUAUAAUGUCAUAGUCUCACAGGCCAAUUCGGUAUUUAUGUUUUGUCAGAAAUUCUGUUCUUUUCAUUUUCAGACAUAUUAAAAUGACAUUCAUCAUAGUAGAGAACCUCCGCGGCUUUUUUAAUAGUCGGCCACCACUGGUUGUUUUCAUGAUAUGCCUCGCUUCCUUUGCAAUAGCCCUCAUAACAUUUGCUUACAUUGUCAAGACAAAGGAUAUGCCCAAUCCAGACAUAUCAGAGGUAUAGUAAAUAUGUUUUUAAAAAGAAAGGGAAAUUUAAGUGCAUAAAUUUGUCAAAUAUAUUUUAGAUAUGUACCAUGAGAAUGCAUCCGCUGUGUGCGCUUUAUAAUUUUGUUGAGUGGGUUACUUGAUGAAAAGAACACACAAAAACCCAAGGGAUAUUCCAUACAGAAAAAUACUCACAUGCAAUUACCCCAAAAAAGAAAUGCACAUGGAAAGGAUCUCCUAGUAUAUUGAAAUAGUGUUUAAAUUCACUAAACUUCAAGUCAAUUACUCACUCAUGUUAAAUUUCCUUUUUUUUAAAAAUCCUCACCCAGGAUUGGCACUAUAAAAUUUGUAUGCUUAUCAGCUUAUUUUAAAUAAGAUUAUUUUUUAACUUUGAAUAUCAAUUAUUUAUAAUUACAAAAUUAUUUUAAAUAAAGAAAUAAAAAUUGUGUUCUCUGAUCGUGAUUGGUGUCGGUUAACUUGAUAAUUUACCAAAACUAAUCUUGUGGCCAGUCAUACAAAAAUUGACUUUAACUUUUAUAUUUAAUUAAUCUCGUCACCAUUGAGAGUAAUGGUGCGCCAAAAUAUCAGAUGUAUUUUAUAACAAUUAUCCUUUCCCUGGUCGUUUUGGUAAAGAAGCAUCUCUGUGUUCUGUAAGUUGCAAUAAUGCUAAUACCAGAAUAGUUGAUACUGAUAAAACAAUAAUUUAAAAUAAAAUAUGUAGAUAAAGCAGUGUUUUUCAAUCAUUUUAUUGGGACAGAAUCUUUUAGAGUGCUUAAUAUUGCUUGUGGAACUUCAUGCUGUGACACAAGGGUUCUUUCUCUUCCAAAAAUGACAGAAAAAGAAUUUUCUAUACUUAGUUAUGGCAGAGAAAAAACCCUGAUUGAUACAGGUGUAUAUGUGUAACAGUGUUAUUGAAGCCCAAAUAAAAAAUACAUUUGUGUGGCCUGAAUAGCCUGCAUUACUAGUUGCUAAGUUACUUCAUUGUUACCCCUGAGCAUCAGUUUGGAGUAGCGAACCUUUCAGUGCGAAACUUGCUCAUGAUGAUUUCUACAAAGCGGUUAAUUUUUGUGACCGAGUUUUAGAGAAAGACAAAUGUGUUCAUCUUCGACAGACAAAAGUCAUUCUGGUUUCUUGUGUUUGAUGGUGGUCAUAGCAGAAAAUUUGAACUCGCACUUGUAAGAAGUUGAAAACUGCAAGAGAAGUUACAGAGUUUUCUCAGUGACAGCCAGGUACUCGUUUUCAACUAGUAACCAAAAUGCAUCCAAGUUCAACUCUGUAUGUUUUAGCUUCAGCGUUCUGUCACUCCCAACACUAACAAGUUUCUCCUCUUCCUUGAAAGUAAACUGUGCUUGGCUCAGUUCAAAUUCCACAAAAGGGCUUCUAACCCAGUUGUACUGUUCAGUAGAUACCAAGGGAAAAUAUUUGCUGCGACUAUUCAACGAAGUGUCACAAUCAAUGGAAGAAUUUCUUAGUAAUUUUUUUGAAUAACACUAGGAAAUCUUUCCAAAUUUCCAGAAGAUGCAUUCUAUUUUCAAAUUGCCUAUUUCUUCAGAAAUGCAUUUGUCAUUUGAAUUCAAGAUGUUUUCAUUUCACUCUUACAUUCCACUGUUCAAAAUGUUCAAUUUACAUUCCACUGUUCAAAAUGUUCAAUUUACAUUCCACUGUUCAAAAUGUUCAAUUCAUGUAAUAAAUCUGACAGUUCUUCCAGUUCAAUUCACAGGACUGCAAAUAUGAAUUGACAAAGUCAAAAGUCUCUGUUUACUCCUUACAGCAGAAAUAUUUUCAACAAUAGCUCCAUUUUCAAUAAACUUACAAACCCCAUAAGCUGUGAUUUACCAUUGACAUCCAUGCUUUUAUCCACCUGCAGUGCAACAAAUUCAUGUGUCAAUAUCUUUGCUAAAAUUUGAUUUUUCAGUGUCACAGAACAUGUCUGAAAUAUGCCUGCUUAUCGUAGUCUGAUAGUGGAAUCUUAUUGAUGUCAGAUAAGGUGCUCUCGCCAAACAGUUCUCACAAUAUUUGAAUACAUUUUUAUCAUCUGUGCUCUUCAUAUGAAAUAUUUGAUUUUGCUGAAAACCAGCUUUAACUGUUACGUUUUUCAGGAUUGGAAUACCUUUUUGACCAGAGUCUCACACCUUGCAUUCUGUGUUCCUCACAAUACAUCUCUGAUUAAUUCAACGACAUCAAAGAUGCAGGUUGGAGAUCAGAGCCCUGCAGACAUCUAUAACAGCAUCAAGAAUAAAAUGAAAGAUGGCAAAACUGCUGAGUUCAUUAGCCCUACUCUGAGUCUAAGCCAUGUAGCAAAACGAUCUAUUUUAAAAGAAGACACUUCAUCAUUUCAAGCUUUACCUGGUUCAAGUGAGAGGACUUCUUCCAAUGGGGAGCAAUACAUUCCAUCAACCACUGAUGUGUCACUGGGGAAAGAAACUGUAGUGUGAGUACCUGUAUAGACAUCAUGCAUUAUUUUUACAUUUAAAUUUUGACCUAGCAAUAAAGAAGAUAUUUUAUGUACAGUACAUAUUUGUACUCAGUUGAGGACCCACAGAUUUUUCCAAGAUUACAUUGUGUCUCCAGACCAGGCUGUCCACAAAAUUUCAGCUAUAGAAAAAGGGUCAAAAAUGUUGAAACAUUCAGCAGAUUGAGGAAUAAAAUAAAGGGUUAAAAACUGAUUGAAAAGGUCAUGUUUAACAAAGUCCUGCGUCCCAAUAAAAAGAUCACAUUAAAAAUUACUUUUAUUUAGAUGAAUUACUAAACUUAAAAAGAAUAUAAGAUUUUUUGAAAGUUGGCCCAAAAAAAGCAGAAAUUACAUAAGAAACUAGUGGGAAAAAAUGUACUAUCUUAUAUAAAAUAAUUUGUGUUCUCUUCUUUUGAUGUAAUUUAUAAUGCAUUUUGAGAGGGUUAUAUUUUGUUGGCACAAUAAAUAUAAUUACAUUUCCUCUGCUCAGGAACAUAACACUGUAUCUCAACAUUCAAAUUACGCCAUCACCUGAAUUGUUGGCGUUACCUCUCAGUAUGGUUCACUUUACGGCACCUAUAUCUGGGAACAUGCUUGGAAUAAAAGGUAUACCACGGGAUAAAAUGAUGCUUUUGUCUCCUUUAAAAAUAUGCAUUUUGACUAUAUACACAAUAUAAAACUCAAAGCAAAGGUGUAAAUUAUGUAUGCUGCUUAUUUUAUCUUAAGUUCCAAGGUUUGAUAUGAGUGGGAAUAUCUUUAUAUCGAAGCAAAGCCCUUUACUGCUGUUGCAUGUUGAAAAAAGUAUGAUUUUGUAAAUUAUAGGAGGUAAUCCAAUUUUAUUUUAAGUGGUUCAAAAGCACGUUAGUCAAUUAUCCUUUGACACCUAAUCCAUGGAUAAUUCUAAACAAUUGGGAUAUGUUAAAGCUAUAAUGAACUUUUACAAAUAAAAUUGACAAAACAUUUUAGUAAUAUUUUGUUAAAAAUGAAAUGGAAAUUUAAAAGAUAGUAUUUGUUUUUUAUUUAUCAAAUGCUUGCAUUCUGGUGCAAGAAAUUUAGUCACUGAUAAUGAAAAAUUUUGUUUGACUUAAUGCUGUUGUGCAUCUUUUGGAAAUUAACAUGACAUUGGUGCUCUAUAAAUUUACAUAUCACAUGAUUCAAUGCUACAGCUCAUGAUGAGUGUACUUGCUGCAGAUAAUUUUAGAACCAUUCAUUUGACAUUUUUCAGGUAGCAAUAGUGAAGAAAAGAUAUUUGUCACUUUCACCUUCCCCAACAAUUUAAGCAUGGGCACAUGUGAAGAAUAUGUGGACACAGAAUGCAGACUUCAUGUCAUUAACACAUGUGUAACUUUCAGUGGACCUGCAUCAAUGAUGCCACACACCCAGUAAGUGUCAGCAGUAAAAGUGGAUAAAAUGAUAAUUGUAUGACCUUAAAAAAUAAAUUAAUAGCUUAAUAUAAAUAAUAAUGAUGCCAAUAAUGCUGGACAUUUUUUUGUUAAUAUCAAUUAUAUAUAUUAAAUGUCAGUACUUGCACAUGGAAAACAUAGUGGAAGCUAUUGAUGUGACAAAAUAAAACCCAAAAUUUGAAUUUCUAUAGGAUAGGGAAAUAUCUUAAUCUGACAAGUCUGUAUCAUUCAACAAAUAGAUAAGUUGCAAGAUAAAAGCCGAAACAAAGAGUGCUAGCCGAAUGUGUACAACAAAAUUUUUGCUGCAAAAGGUUUUACUAACUUCCACCAACUGCUACAUGUGUUUAUGUAUUUUAGGAAACCUCAUACAUCUGAGACAUGCAUAGCAGGAGCAGAUUCUCUUGGUGAUGGCCUAAUGAGAAACAUGACUGCAGCGGCCUUGGUGGUGAGCAGCAGUAUACACUGGUGUGUGCAGGGAGCCCGGAUGACCAUGCAGUACUCGUUUGAUGAGUCUCUUACUGUCAUGUUAACACAGGUGCACCUUUUAAGUUCAUUUUCUUGUAAUUAUAAAAAUAGGCUAUUCACUGAUUUGAUUGGUGUAUCUACACAGUCAUUUAGUUUGGCCCAAACCUCCUGAUGUGUUCUCCCGGCUGCAUUUAAGGUUUUAUCCCUGUUUAGCGAAAGGUUAGACAUUCUUUGCUUCUAGUGACCCUCACCCCUUAUUCGAAUGGCCUGGUGAAAAGCACCACAGAUCAUUUUGUAGCUACUAUUUACCUUAUUGGAUUCACAAAAUUAGUUUAAUAAUAUAUAACUCUAAAUAUCAAAUACUUAUUUUAUGAUUAUGUCAAGUGAAUUUCUUUAACCUACUUGCAAUAAAAUAACCAUCUGAUUGAUUUAGAGAGACCCUGCAAGCAGUUCUGCAGUUUUACAAUUUCAUUCAUAUACCGAUAUCUUAAAUUUGUUUUUUCAAUUUAUAACUAUUUCUUACAAACUCAAAUCAACUCAAAAUCUAUAAAUAGAGUUUUACAGAGCGUAACUAAUCUGCCCUCUAUAGAUGUUUAAUGGAAGAUUGUCUGAAACAUGGCGCCCUCUUUGAUGUUUAUUGAAAGAUUGUCUGAAACAUGACACCCUCUAUAGAUGUUAUUGAAAGAUUAUCUGAAAUAUGACACAUAGUAUGAAAAAUAAAGUUUCACUCUGUUCAUUUAAAUAAAGGGUAACUGUUUUGAAAGUACUCAUCCUAAAAUUUAAGAAUUUAAAAUGCAAUAACUGACUUGUGGUCACUUGUAAUGCAGCAAGACAGGUCAAUGAUAAACCUCCAUCUGAUGCGGACAAGCUACUUCCUGUUCGUCAUGGUUGUCACACUCUUCUGUUAUGCUUUGAUUAAAGGGCGGCCCGGGAAGAUGAAGACUGUACAUGCUGUGUAUGACAAGGUAGGGAAGAAAUGUUUGUCUCUCGACAUAUUUAGUUGCUACGAUCCCUUGAUAAAAUUUGCCUAGUUGUGGCGACACACAACCAGUCGAAUGCCCAGACAUUUAGUAACAGUUGCGGGUGAAGUUGUUUUGUUUUGUUUUGGUGUUUGGGGGUGAUGGUAUUGACAAGUUUACAUUAAUUAUGUACAAUUUAUAGUUUGAAAAAAAAUUACCUUGCAUUUAAAAAAGUGUAUAUAAAUUAAGCAUAAUUAUUUCACAACAGAGCAAUGUGGAAUAAUUUUGUUUACUUUUUUGGUAGGGGUGUGCCGGAUCCGUUUUUUCCAACCGGAUCCGGAUUUUCUUAUGUGAAAUCCGCCGGAUUCGGAUCCGGAUUCCGGAAUAAUCCGGAUUCCGGAAUAAUCCGGAUUUUGGUACUAUUGGUAGAUACUUCGGUAAGUCAAGGUAGACUACUACUUUUUGUGUAUGGGAAUUCGCAAUCGGCGCCAAAAAAUCAGAGUUUUUAAUUUUCCGAUGUGUGUGUCUAUUUAUUAUUAAAUUAGUACUUUCGAUAUAUAUUUGAGUUCCGUUCCAUUUGGAUAAGUGUCUUACGAGAGACGCCAUGUUUCUACGCGUUCGCAGCAGGUCAUGCAGCUCGCUCAACCUAAUUUCGCCAUGGGGUUGGCCACGCCCCCCUUUUUAAUGGCGGAAGUUGACGAUACUUAGGAAAUAUUAAUUUAUUAUCACUAUUUACAUCAAAAUAAUUGAUAACUUGUGUUUCAGAAUGCAUUUAAAGACAUUUAAACUGGAAUGUUUUAAUUUGAGCUUUAACAACCCGGUAGAAUCCAUAUUAUAAAUGAUCAGAAUUUACCGUGUGCAACACGUUGUCAUUGGCAACCAUUCACAGCCACUUGCAUAACUGUAUCGUAGUACUACCUCAGAGUUUCAUUCAUAAGAGUUUGCCGUGUGCAAAAACUAUUAAACCAUUGGUCAGGGAAAGCUUUAAUUAAUUAUUCAUGUGCCAAAGUUGAAAGUUUAAACUAAGUCUAAACAGUAUUUUAGUGAUAAGGCAGGGAAUGCGUUGCCUUAUAUAAACUAUAUAGUCAUUGCGCAUGACGGGAUUGGCGGAAUGAGAUCACAGAAUGUGGAGAUGCAGUCCAUGUUAAAAAAUGACAAACCAAGUCGUACUUUAAAAAUUCAUAACUUUAAAACUACAACAGCUAAAAAUAUGAUUUUGGUGUUAUAAUUCUUUAAAAAAUUACAUCUUUUCAACUAUGCCAUUGGUUUAUUUUUACAAAAAGUUUAAAUUUUCUUAUCAAAGUCCCUACACUAUUGGCCACUAUUAGCGGUGCUGACUCUAGCCUCUGGUAUGUACGGAAUAUUAAACAUUAAACAAGCUCAACGCUCGAAACAAUCGAUUAAUGUAUCGUGAUCGUGUGGAAUUCGGGAAAGAGAAUUACUUUUAUUUCAGAUUAUGAUCCAGUGAGUCACAAAAUCUGGCAAAUUCCGAAAUCCGGUAUAUUCCGGAUUCCGGUUGUUCCGGAUACAUGUAAAUCCGGCGGAACUGGAUUUCACCGGAUAGUGCAAAAUCUGGCGGAACCGGAUUCCGGACCGGAUUCCGGCACACCCCUAUUUUUUGGUAAUCAUCUUAUGUUCAAAAGAAUGAAAUGUUUACAUUUAAAUGUUCAUAGUACAAUGAAAUAUUUCAAACAACAAAAUGUCAGUGGAUGUCACGCAGGGGAGGCCACUAAUUUUUAAAUUGAGGCAAAAAAUAUAAAACAACCAUAAGAGACCAUAAAUAUUAUUUUUUUUUAAAUCUAAAAAUAAUGGUUACCCGAAAUCGUAUAUUAACUAUUCUUGAGGGGGUUGCAACCCACAGGCUGAAAACCAUUGAUCUAUAGGGAAUGAUCCCUGCAUAGUUGUCUGAGCUUUUUAAAGUAGUUUUACAGGACUGGUAUUUCUAAACUUCCAAUGCACACAGUGUUGUGUCAUGUCUGAAUAACAAUCUUCAUAAUUAAUGAAAAAUCAACUUUGUCUAUUUUAAUCUACACAAUGCAGAGUAAAUGAACAGUUUCAUUACAUUGAUUUUUCCUUUAUUACUUAUACCAUCCAAGCAAUAUUAAUUCAAUAGUAAUGUACUCUGUGGUUACAGUUAGGACACUUAAGAUCAUGAAGCUGCAAACUUUUUUUAAAGUGAAGAACCAUUUUAAAAAUCAUAUCAGGGACGGAUUUGGGAAAGCAUAUAUACACAUAAAACUUAAAGUAAUAUUUGACUUCUGAUACCUUUUAAAUUCAGAAACUUCAAAAGUAUCUAUAUGUUAAUUAAAUUAGUUGUUUUACUCUUGUGAUAGCAACUUUUUCUUGUACUAAAGACGCAGGGGUAUUGCCCACAAAUUUAUUUAAUAUUUUCUUAAUACUAAAUAGAAGAAAGUUUUUCCUACUAUAAUCACAAAACAUUUGUAUAAAAUCAACAAAAUUUAAAUGGCAUUGUCGGUUAGUACAAAAAGAAAUUAAUUAUUAUCAAUGAAUAGAUCUGCAUGGUUUUGUUAGAUUCUGCUUGAGCGAAUAAUUAACCAUUUUUUUCUUCAAAUUCUCCAUAUUUAUUUUACCUAAAGGUGAGUUCACAGCCAUGAGCCAAACAGAAUGUCUAGAAAGUAAUUCAGACUUGCUGAUACCAGCCGGAUAGGGUGUGUAUGACCAUCUCAUUGAAGUGACUGCCUGCCCAUUGCAGAAAUGAUUCCCCACUGAAGAGACACUGCCAUGUUUUUGUGUGAAUGAUCAUGUCUUGUGCACAUAUACACCAUGGGAAUAGCUAUGUGCAUUUAAUGUUUGAACGAGAAAUUUUUGUGGCAAUCCAAUUCCAAUUCUGUGGAGUGAUUAGUCCAGAAAUGUGAUUUUUUUUCUCUAUUUUCAGAGGAAAUCCCAUUUUUCCAUUUGACUUGGUUUUGUAGAAAUGCGUCUUGAUAUGCUAUUCAUGUUAAAACAAUGAGAUAUAUUGUUUUAUCACAAAAUUUUAUCUUUAAUUUAAAUUAAAAAAUCACAUAAAACUGUUGUAAUUACAAAUAGUUGAAACAAAUUCUUGAGAUGAAUAGGUUUGCUGGCUAUGCCGAUUCAGUGUUUGAAAAUAAAAAUCAUGUAUUUUUUUUUUGCGGUUGAAAGUUUUGUCCCAUUUGUAAAGUGAAUGACAGAGUAUUGAGCACAUACAUGUGAUGCACAAGAAGAGAAUGGUUCUAUAUCAGAUUACUGGGAUCAGUGCUGUAUGAGAUGGUAAGGACAACAUGAAGGCUGUUAUGAACUUUGCUCAUUUUUAACCUUUCAGACUGAACUCGGUCCUAUUUAUUGAAACAUGCUAUGUAACUGGCCUUUAAUGUGAUGCAAAUCUUGCUUGACCAGGUAUCAAAAUGUGUUUGAAAAUAUUUUAUUUGACAUCUGUGAAUAAUGAAGAGCUUUUUCUCCAAAACUCAGUCAAUCAAAAUCUAACAACUGUGGUAUGAUCUGCUUCGACUCCAUCAGGUAUAUAGACUUGUAUUUUGUGUGUGCCCUUUAUGUCAGGCUCAGUCAGGUUCAUAAAUUUUGAAAUACUCAAGUGGUUGAAGAUGUUAAAAACUUGAAGUAGUUGUCUUAGCUUUCUCACAUUUAAAUUUAAGGAAUCAAUUAAUGCUGAGUUUUGAUCAAUGUAAAAUGCUCUUCAAUUGUUUAAUAUUUUGGAUUUGAUGAUAUGUAUGGGUGCAUUAUUAAAAGUGUCAUUUUAUUUUUUAUUGCUAAUUGGAUGCUAAUCAGUGAGUAAAAAAGAAACCCAUGGCUGAAUGAUUUGUAGUUAGCUGGUUGAAACAGGUGUGUUUACAAGAUGCAUUGGUUGCCUAAAAUUCCAACAAAGAUUUCUUUAGCUGGCUGCUCUAUUCAAGCUUUUUUUAGAUCUUAAAAAAUCUUCAUCUACACUUGAUUGUGUUGUCUUGUAAUAUGGGCGGGUUUAGGUUGGGGGAGGGCUAGUUAUGAAUUACUUUUCUAGAUAUUAAUUAUAUACUAAUUUGGUGACUAACACCCACAGCCUAUCACCUGGUAACCAUUUGUUGUGUGCAGUAUUUGAAAAUGAACACAUUCAAUCUCACAUUGUGUAAAAUCAUCAAAACUGUGUUUACCAAGUUCUAUUUUAAUGUUUUUGAAAAUAAUAUUUUUUUAGGUUUAUUUAUGUUGCCAGAUGUAUUUGAAUUUUCUUGUUGGCUGAGAUAGAUUAAACAAAAUUUAGACAGUAAAUUUUUUGAAAUCAUUAAAUUUAUACACUUUAAAACUAUUCGCUUUGUGGCCUUAACAUUGUUGUUUAAUUUACAAUUUUGCCAAGCCAAUAGAAUGAAACAAAGAGCCAAUUUUUCACAGAGUAACACCCACAGUGUUGUAAAUCAAAACAGUCAAAAGUUCUCUGAGCAUUAAAAAAAAUAAUUUUUUUAAAAAUUCUCCAUGAUUUAUUUUAUAAGGGGUUAUAGUUAUAUUUUUGCUCAGUUUGAAUACAUAAGGAGCUGAUUUUGAGAAUAUGCAGAGUUCCUCAAAACAUUACUCUGCAAGGAUACUUAUGGCCUUUGUUUCUAUAUGUCCUGCUGCUUACAAAUCAAUGUGUUUUGCAUGUGGAACUGAACUUUCAUGCUCUUCUGCAUAUAUGAUAAUAACUUGAGUGGGAUGAAAAAGAUCUAUACAAAUUUUAAAUGAUCAGUUCAUAUUAAUUAUAUUGUGGGUUGUUCAUGUCAUGAUUGGGAUAAUUACUUAUUUAUUUUUAUUUAUCAGUUUUCUUUUGCUUGAACAUUUUUAUAUAAUUUUGCCUAAUACUAAUAGUAUUACUAUUAUUUUUAAAUAGUAUAGCUUGUCGUGAUCAUAAAACAGUCAUCGUUGGUUCUUUUUCUUUUUUAAAAAGUCAUUAAAGAGUCAUCCAUAUAAAUUCCGUACUCAGAAUAAAAUAAUUUUCUGCCCCCCUCCCCCCCUCCCCCUCCCCCCUGUCCAAAAAGUUUCCACAUCCAUUCAUGUGCCAACUAUAAAUGGGCCAACUAUAAAUGGGCCAAGCGACAUCCCUCCACCUCUUUCAAACCCUAAAUAAGAAAAAAGUGGGGUGGGGCGGGGUGGCUGUUUAUUACAGGCAUUAAUGUUUAAAAUGUCACUGGAUUCAAAGGUAGCAGAAAAAAAUGUGUGUGUUGCUUCCAACAUUUCUAGAUCCAAUUGAUGCUUCCUUGUCAAGCUCUUUAAAUGGGUUAAGUUUGAUAUGCAAAAAAACACAUUCAUUAUGAUUAAUAAUAGCAACCAAAACAGGUACUUUGACAGUUUGAGAAUGAAAACAACCAUUAACUUGUACAAUUUUAAUUAAAACUAAUUAAUGAUAAAUCAUAAAAACCAAUGCCAACCACUUUGGAGUAAUAAAAUGAAAACUUAUUUCAGUGCUUUGGUUGACUUUGGUUAUACUAAGUUAUAGCUUGCAGAUUAUUUUCUAGACAUGCCUUGUGGCCUGCAAUUAAUCUACUUUGCUCUCUGUAGUAAGAGAUGCUAUGAGAUCAUCUUUACAUUGGAUGAACUUACUGUCCUUUAACUUUUAAGCCCUUUGCCAUAAGUGUAUUGGAGCAGUGCCUCAAAUGACAUUGCACCAAUGAAACAAGUGCCCCCCAUUUUUUAAAAUUAAUUAUUAAUAUACAAUUUCAAUCUCUUUUGAAAUUUAAUUUUCACAUUUUGAGAUCUGGUGACUGAAGAUUUGUGGACCGGUGCUGGCCACCAGACCACUUUCUUGAGAACCCCUGCUCUAGAGCUCACCCGCUGCAAUUAGUUAAGUGACAAAUAAAAUACUUAUUUGUGUCACAAAUGACCUGACCAAUAAUUUUAAUUUUUUUUUUUUUGUAGCAAAAAAAAAAACCAAACGAACAACCCUUUUGAUAAAUGAUUAUUUUAUCUUCAGUCAAGUGGGAUGGCAAUUUCCACUUGAAAUUAUGCAAUUUGUUAAGAUGACAUUAUGUGGUGGAAAAGAUAAGACUAAACAAUACUAUCAAAAGUAUUGUUUGCCUCCAUCACUAAGCCAAUGACCCAUCACAUGUUGGAUUACUAUGACCCCAACAAAUAAAUAAAUGACCAAUACUGUACAUAUCCUCACUAUGAAAUAUUGUAACCUUUAAUUGCUCUACUGCCUUUGUGGAUGUGUUUGAGGAAAUAUUGAAUGUAUUUACUGAAUGCCAAACACUUACAUUUCAUAACUGUCUAUAAUUUAUCAUCUUAAAUAAAAACAAUAACUUUUUGAGAUUGUUACUUGUAUAUAAGUGUACAUUUUAGUUCCAUCCUAUCAGUUAAGACAGACAUGUCAGAUUAGAGUAACUAAAGUCCACUCAAAACAGUUUCUGACCAACUCAUUUUAUCUGACUAUCAAGAAACAAACAAAAAUCCAAAUAUAAAUGAGAAUUGAAGUUAGAGAGGAAAAACAACUGGAAUGGCCUAUCAGAAUUUGCCAGAUAAUUGGGUAUAUUUGUGUCCAAAAUUUUGUUUUGUUGUCUUUCAACUUGUCUAAAGUGAUAUAUGUUCUUUGUGAUAUGACUGUAUUUGAUUAACAUGUUUUUCUUUGUGUUAAUUUUUUUUUUGGGUGAAAUUCUUGCAAAUGAACUAUUAAAAAUAUCUUAUGUUCUUUUGUGUUAAAUUCUUUUUGUAGCUUCUUAUUACUAU